AAAGUAUAAUGAGAAGAAAACGGGAAGCGGUUAGCUUGUUGUGUUGGUCUGUGAACAAAUGAUCCAACUGUGCAGUCUUCUGCUCCGUUUCCGAGAGAGUUCAUCAGCAAAAUCGUCUAGUUGCUGCUACUGUAGGAAUAUUCUUACUGGGUCGUGUUCUUAUUUUCAUUCUCAACAACUUGGUGCGAGUCUUUUCCAGGACAAAAGAAGAUAUUAUGCAGUCUUCGUGACAGUCGGAGCUCCAAAAUAAGCUGUUGGCUAAACUCGGCUAACUAAAACAUGCUACCACUUUAGGACCAUCGAUUAUCAUGAGUAUUUCACCAUAAGGAUCUGGACAGCAUGAAUACAGAUGUUCAACAGGUGGUGGUGGUGGUCAAAGAAGAAGCUCCUGAAGAACAGAGUGCUGGCAUGGACGAGCAGGACCCAGAACACUGUCACAUAAAGGAGGAGCAGGAGGAACUCUGGGCCAGUCUGGAUGGAAAGCAGCACCAUUUGAGGGAGGAGACUGAUGCCGGCAGAUUUCCAUUAACUGCAGCUUCUAUAAAUAAUGUUCAACAGGUGGUGGUGGUUAAAGAAGAACCUCAUGAAGAACAGAGUGCUGGUGAGGACCAGCAGGAACCAAAACUCCUCCACAUAAAAGAGGAACAGGAGGAACUCUGGACCAGUUUAGAGGGAGAACGGCACCGUAUGGAGGAGGAGAUUGAUCUCACCAGUUUUCCAUUCACUGUCGUUGUUCUAAAGUGUGAGGAUGAUGAAGAGAAACCUCUUUUCUCACCGCUUGAUCAGCAGCAAAUAGAAGACAGAGGUGUUCCAACCAGCAGCUCAGCUGACCUGAUGACAGCAAAAACUGGUGGAAGUGCAGAAACUAGCAGGAACCCAGAUCUGAACCCUCAUGAACAGACGUCCGAUUCUUCAGAGACUGAAAUUAGUGGAGAUGAUGGAGAAGAUGAUGAUGUGAAUCUAGACUCUGAGCUGUCAGACUCUGGGCCUGAAACUGAAGAUGGAGACAACGACUGCAAUGAGAGCAGCUCUUCUGACACAGAUGUUCAGACUGUGAACAAAUCCUUUAGCUGCACUGAGUGUGGUAAACAGUUUCUUCAUAAAUGGUCUCUCCAGAAACAUGUGACGAUGAUGGGUAAUUCAGCAAUGCCGUUAGGCUGUUUGGUUAGUAAGAAACGUGUUAACGUGAAGCAACAUGUAGACUCAUGCAGUAAAGUCCGAACAGAACUAAAAUCAUUUAGUUGUGAUAACUGUGAAAAAAUAUUUAGGAGAAAAUCAAACUUAAACAGACACAUGAAAGUCCACACAGGACAGAAACCUUUUGCUUGUGAGCUCUGUGGACAAAGAUUUAGUCAAAAGAUAAGUUUACACAAACACAUGAGUGUUCACACAGGACAGAAACUUUUUGCUUGUGAGCUCUGUGGACAAAGAUUUAGCCAGAAGGCACAUUUAAACAGUCACUUGACUGUCCACACAGGACAGAAACCUUUUGCUUGUGAGCUCUGUGGACAAAGAUUUCGUCAGAAGGGAAAUUUAAACAGACAUGUGCGUCUCCACACAGGACAGAAACCAUUUGCUUGUGAGCUUUGUGGACAAAUAUUUAGCAGAAAGGAAAGUUUAAAUGGUCACAUGAGUAUCCAUACAGGCCAAAAACAUUUUGUCUGUGAGCACUGUGGAAAAAGAUUUAGUGAAAAGACCAGUUUAAACAGUCACAUGAGAGUCCACACAGGACAGAAGCCUUUUGCUUGUGAGUUCUGUGGAAAAAGAUUUAGUACAAAAUCAAAUUUAAAAAGUCACAUGAGAGUCCACACAGGACAGAAAACUCAUUUAACUACAAAAGUACUGAACACAUCCACCAUCCAACUAAGCUUGGGGCAACCUCCAGCUACCAUGUAGCCGCUAACGUGUUACUGUUACACGAAUUAUGCUAAGGCCCCUAUGGCUAACUGUACAAAUGUUUUUAUUCUAAUACCAGGAUGUUGUUUUUACUAAUCUUGAGUAUAACCUCGCUCAGUUCUGUUCACGAUGUAAACACAGUCAUGCCACUCAUUGCUUUGCAGAAAUAAGAAAAAAACACAAAUAUUACAGAUAGAAAAUGUCCUUAUUUAUGUUUUUGAAUUGUGCUUGAUUUGAGAUUGUAGAGGGUUUUGUGAUCUUAUAAAAGAGUUGGAGACGGGUUCACCAUUUGA